AUGGCGUGGAACGACGACCUUCUGCUCAAGGUAGCCAACAUCGUGGCCUAUGUCUUCUUCACCACGGGCAACGUCUACUCGCAGCUCGGCGUGGGUGCUAAUCCGGUAGUGCAGGAGACCUACCUCUCCCCCGAGCGUUGGAUCUAUGGCGUAUGGCCUUUUAUCCACUUGCUCUUCCUCGGAAUGAUCGUCUACCAAUUCACCGAUGCCGGUUCUACCCACGUUGUCCACGGCAUCGGCUGGAGGUUCCCCGGUCUGUGCAUCCUCAACGCCAUCUACUCUGGACUCGUCUCGGCUCAGGUCAACGCGCACCACGAUCGCAUCUACGCCAUCCUCGCCUUCAUUGUCAUGCUACUCAUCGCAGGUACCGUCUCGCACUGCUAUCGAUCGCUCAAAGUGCACCACACCGCCAACAACUUGGCCGACACUGUGUUUGUUCACCUUCCCUUUAGCCUCUACCACGGCUUUGUUGUCGUGCUCCUUUUCGUCACCGGUUUCGAGGCGUUCGGUGUCAACGCGCUGUCCCACAAGGCUGGCAUCAUCACCAAGAUUGUCGUCUUUCUCUCGCUCCUCUUCCUCGAAUCCACCGCCGCCGGUUACGUGUGGUACUCGGAGGGCGACGUCGCAGGCGCGCUCGUCAUCAGCUUGAGUCUCUUGGCCAUCUUCCAACACCAGACUUCGAGCAAGUUUAUCCACUGGUCCGCUCUCGCCUUCUUCAUCAUCAGCCUGAUCGCCGUCCUCAGGGCCGUACUCUCCAUCUUUACGCGCAGGAACACUUCGGCUAUCACCGACGAAGAACGCGCCCCCCUUGUCGGAUAA